AUGUCUUGACGGAUUAGCUACCACCUACCAAAAAGAGAACUAUUACCACUUCCACUGCAAUGAUUUACCAAUCGGUAAUUUGGUUCAUGCUGUUAAGAAAUUUUGAGAAAAGUAAUGGUAACCACGUAGUAGAUUGUUCUUUCUGUUAUACAAAAAAGAAGAUUUUUCUGAACGCAAAAAUAGAAAAAUAGAAAGGUACCAGUCACCAAAGUGAAUCUCUGUCAUAGCAAAGGCCAGUUUCAGGAAUCGGAGCAGCAGCCAUGGAGGCGCUCUACCUGCUCGCCUCCUUGGCCGCUACCCUCGUCACCUCCGCUUUCCAAUCCCUCCUCCUCUUCCUCCGCCUCCUCUUCCAGCACCGCCACGACUCCGGCGGUGGGUGCGCCGACGGCGCCGCGCGGCUGUACGAGGGCCGCGUCCGGCACUCGCGCCGGCGCCCGGCGGCGCACGCCUUCGAGUACCCCGUGCGCUACGCGCUCGUCGACCUCGACCGCCUGCCGCUCCCAGACCACCUCUCCGCCGACGACGCGCGCCGCAUCGUCUCCACCUCCGGCCCCGUGCGUCUCCUGACUAUACCCAAGAGCGUGGGGUACGCGCAGAACCCGCUAAGCAUUUACUACUGCUACGAUUCUGCGGGCCAGGGACAAGAUGGGGAGCUCAGGAUGUGCAUUGCUGAGGUCACAAACACUCCCUGGGGCGAGAGGGUGAUGUUUACCUUCCAACCGGAUUCUGAUCUUGUCGCAAAGCCCUUGCAUGUCAGCCCCUUUAUGGAUAUGCUUGGCAACUGGAGUAUUCGUGCUGAUGCCCCUGGGGAUAGCCUAUAUGUUGUCAUAUCAGUUCAGCAUCCAACACUUGGGAACUAUUUCACAGCAGCUUUGCAUGCCAAAUUAGUUGGACAGACAAGUAAUUCCUUGAGGCUGGCAACUUUCUUCUGGCUGAUGCCGCAUAAAGUUGCUGCCUGGAUAUACUGGGAGGCCCUCAGACUUUGGCUGAAGAACGUCAAAUUCCUGGACCAUCCCAGGUAUUUGAACCUGAAUUACAGGGAUGAAGCACUGAAGCGUGAUCUCGAGCUCCGUUCCUCUUGCAGCUUCCUCCGAGAACAGAAGGCAAACAACCAAAGAAGCAGCAGCACCGACGAGAAGAGUGAAAUCUCAGACCAUCUAGAUAACAAGGGCAACGAGAACCUCACGAGGAGGUGGUGCGUUUGGAGGGAUGCUCAAUGGCCAUGGUCAUGACGACACUACAAAGAGAUUCCAUUUUGUGUUCAUUGCAAUACGGUCCGAUGCUCCCCCUGUAUAAUUAGUCAUCACCAUUUGAUUUGAUUGAUGCGUUUGCGGACACCGCAAGUUGCGAGCGCGUGAUAAUUGACAUAGUCCCUUUCAUGUUCACUAUUCACUAUUAACGAAGAGAAGAUUACUUGUGACAUGUUUUCCUGAAAAGAAACAUUUUCAUCACACCA